AUGGGUUUAAAAUAUUUUUUAAUAAUUACGGCAAUCUCAAAUUUUCUGUACUUGGAAGCAAAUGCUAAAGCUGAAAUUAUUACGGGGUCCCAUUAUGAAAAUUGUACAGAACCUGCAAAAAAUAUGCGAGCUAAUAUUAUAGAUGCAACACAGCUUAAAAUACAUUCAGAAAAUGACACACACACUUUUCUUAAUGGAACUGUAAAAUUUCGAAAGGGAUUUGAAGUUUUACCAGGCCGAUUUUAUGCAGAAAUGUUUGAUCGUGGUCAGUGGUUUAUACAAGCAUUUGAUAGAUCAUAUCCUGAUUUGUGUACAGCAUUUCGUGAUCCAACCCAACCAUUUUAUAAUUACUGCAAACACUUUCCAAUGUGUCCACAUAAAACUGGAUUUGAUUGGAAUUUCAAAAUGAAUUAUUUAGAUUCUUCUAAAGCAGUUCUUGAAAAUAUGCCAAGCCACUACAUGGGAAAAUGGCGAAUGACAGUUGUUCUUGAUUUUAAGAUUAAUAAUUUACCUAAAAGUGAUUGCUUAAGAUUUCCUUUCGAAAUUUUUGAAGUUUAA